AAGGCAUAAAUGUGAAUUUUGUAUUAUUUAUGUAGAACUGUUAAAAAGUUUUCUUUUGUGUUAAAAAAUUAAUCUUGUGUAAAAUUAGGAUAUCUAUUCAUAUAAUAAUAAAUGAUGUAAUUUCAAGGGCAAAAUUAAAAACAGAUGACUCAUUCUAAAUUUUAAGUUAUUCUUGACCUGAAGAUCUGGCGAAAAUUCAUAAAGUCGCUGCUGAACAAUAGGCAUAAGUUUUUCUUUUUAAAGUUUUGAUAUUUUUUUUUCUUUUCCCUUCCUUUUGUCUCUCUUAGAAUGAACAGAUGUAAACAGAGUUAAAAACAUUUUAUCAUUUAAUCUUUCUCAUCAUCAUUUAGGAAGAAAUGUUCUAAUACUUUGUGUUAAGACAAAGUACAUUUCCCCUUGAAUAUUUUUAAGUCUUUUAUAUUUUCAUGAACUUUAAUUAUGAUUUUCAUUUGAACUUGUUUUGUUUUAUUUCAAUCAUAUAGUAACUAAAAUAAAUAAGACUUAUUCCAAUUAUUAAGUUACAGUAAUUUUUCUUAUGCUUUGGUUUGUACUGUGUGUUUUGAAUUUUUUUAAUUUUUUUUUUUUUUUAGUGUCUGGUUUGCCUUAAUAAUUGGAAGCUCUCAUGUUGUUUGAAAUAAGUAUUUGAAAUGGUUCUGUUGUGUGAUACUGUUUAUAUUUUAAUUUCUAAUUAUAAAUAUUAGUUAUAUGCAAAUAAAUUUCAUUUGUGUUUGGAACAUUUAUGUACUGUCUUUAAUAAAUCUGUGUCUAUGUAUUCCAAGCUUGAAAUAAAAAAUUCAUGGCUUUGUAGAUGCAUUACUGAGGAUGUGAUAUCCUGGUUAGACAAAAAGUGUUUGAAUAUGAAUUAUGCUCUUGGCCCAAUUAAUAAAAAUUCAUCUACUUUGUAUACUAGAAGUCCUCUGUUAACUUUCAUGAAUUUUAUAUGUUCAUGAGAAAAGGCCUUUAAAGUAAAGACUACUAUCUUAAGAAUAUAUAUGUUUAGCUUUUAUUUUAGGGCAAAUGUUUCAAAACUAUUGACCCACUUAAUCCUUUUAACUAUAGUGAGGUAGAUACUAUAUAGCCAAGUAUUAUUUUUUAAUGUAAAUAAUUUUAAUAAGUUAUGGAAAUUUUCAUUUUGUUCAUUAUAACAUCUAGUUAUUCAUGGCUAUUUUAUAUAAGAGAAAAGUUGUCAGUUUGAGGUGAAAAGAAACUAUUUGCUUAUUGUAGAAAAUUAUAAUAUGAAUAUAUGCUCGGCACAGUCCUGCCUUCAGGUGGCUUACAUUAUAGUAUGGAGUAUACGCAAGUAAAUGGGUCCUUACAAUGAAAUGCAAUAAAUACUGCAAUGAGAGAAAAGUCUCAUGAAUAAUUGUUAGGUUUGAACAAGCAAACUCGAAUUAGAGGUAAGCAAAGUUAUAAUAAUACAAUGUAUGUGUUAAUGCUUGAUGAAAAAACCACUAGUAUGGUUCUGAACCUCUUUUGGAUCUUCCCAGAAAAAUUAUUCACAUACCAUGAUUUUAUAUAAAUUUUUGGGAGUUCACAGACCCUUUGAAGCUGAUCCAAGUAUCCUAGUUUAAGAACUCUUACACUGGAGAAAGAUUAACAUGGCACAACAAUAGUAUUAUCAGGAAAGGGCAUAUGUAAAUGAUUAAUAGGAGCCUUCCUUAAUUGCAUGCAUAUUCUGUUUAAUAAUUCAUGGGUUUAAUAUACCACACUGAAAUGUUGCAUGUGGAAAAUGCAUGUCUGGUCAUAUCACAUCAUCACUUCAUUAAUUUCACUUACUAUGUUCAUUCACAAGCCAUAAACUAUACAUUAAGCCAUAUUAAUCACAGAAUUAAAGAAACAAAAUAUACACAGUUGUGGUUCAGUGUCCAAUGGUGCAAAAAUUUAACUGAGUCAUCUUGUAUUUACAAAUUUGAUCAGUGAUUUUUAAAUUUAUAAAAAGUUUUAAAUUUACUGGAAAUGAAGCUUUGGGUGUGGUUAAUAUUUAAGGUCAUUUUCUUUGAAUUUUUAUUUUGAUUUGAUUUGUUUUGUUUUAGAAGGUGUUUCACAAGGGGGUUUUGUUGUAUUUUAAUGAUGUUUAUCUAAAUCUUGGAGGGGUAAGCCUGAUGUACCUCUGUAAAACUGACCCCUAGUUUAUAAUACUUUUCUUAGACUCUAAAAAAGAAUUAAAAACUCUUAUAAUUACUUGUACGUCAUCUCUAUAAGUUAUAUGAUCAUGUGAUAUUUAUGAAACCGUAAUUGAAAUUGAGGUAGUAAAAUCAUAGCCGAAAGGGUCUUCAGGUCCCGCCCUCUCUUACUUUAGUAGAUGCAGUGAGGAAACUGAGAUUGGAUAGGUUCUAACAGCAGCAGAAUUGGCUUGAGCUAAAUCUCCUGUUUUUUUCUGUUUGCUGUUUCUCUUAAUUACAUCUUUGUCUUUACCUAGCACAGUUAUAUUGUCCAAGCAGCAGAGAUGUUAUUUUCUGAAUUUUAAUUUAUACAAAAGAUAUAAAUUUAUUGGCUUAAAAGUCACAUCUAAUUUUCAGUGCCUUGUAUAGUCAUUCUUGAGACAUUAGUUGGUGCUUACUAUCUGUAAGACCUCUUCUCAGGGAGUGCCCAGAGUUUGGAUAUUUUAUCAUGGCUACUAGAUAUGAAUUCCCUUUUUUAGCUCUUUUUAGUUAAUGACCUUAAAACUAUUUUUUUUCCUUUCAAAAUUCAAGACUUUAUUAUGGUGCUAUUAAAAUAGUCUCUUCACAUUACUUUCCUUCUCAUACACACACACAAAUAAGUAGAGUCUUUAGUAAGACUCUUUAUUUCAUAAUUUUGUAGUAUUGAUAUUUUUUCCUUGUAGGAUUGGUGGUGAUCCUCAGGAAAUGGGGGAAGAGGCAGAGCAAGUGUUCAAAAGGAUUAGCAGAUUGUGGAAAAAAAGGAGGAUUUGGACAGAAGGAACCUGUUGCAUAAAUUCUUAACUACUAAACUUAUAGGAAACCGCCAAUAUUUAAAAUUUUAAACAAAGCUAUAUAGCAAGGAGUGAAUAAUGCCGAAAAAUUUGACUAUGUGAUGCAGUUUUUGAAUAAGAUGGCUGGUAAUGAAUAUGUUGGAUUCAGUAAUGCAACGUUUCAGUCUGAAAGAGAGAGUGGAGAUCGAAAUUUUGCAAUAGGAUAUUACUUAAAAGAAAAAAAGUGUUUUCCAGAAGGCACAGACAUGGUUGGUAUAUUAGACUUCUAUUUCCAGCUAUGCUCCAUUGAAGUAACUUGUGAAUCUGCUAGUGUGAUGGCUGCAACACUGGCUAAUGGCGGUUUCUGCCCAAUUACUGGUGAAAGAGUACUGAGCCCUGAAGCAGUUCGAAAUACACUAAGUUUGAUGCAUUCCUGUGGCAUGUAUGAUUUCUCAGGGCAGUUCGCUUUCCACGUUGGUCUUCCUGCAAAAUCUGGAGUUGCUGGGGGCAUUCUUUUAGUUGUCCCCAAUGUCAUGGGCAUGAUGUGCUGGUCUCCCCCUUUGGACAAAAUGGGCAACAGUGUUAAGGGAAUUCACUUCUGUCAUGAUCUUGUUUCUCUGUGUAAUUUCCAUAACUAUGAUAAUUUGAGACACUUUGCAAAAAAACUUGAUCCUCGAAGAGAAGGUGGUGAUCAAAGGGUAAAGUCAGUGAUAAACCUCUUGUUUGCUGCGUAUACUGGAGAUGUGUCUGCACUUCGAAGAUUUGCACUGUCAGCCAUGGACAUGGAACAGCGAGACUAUGACUCUAGAACAGCUCUCCAUGUAGCUGCUGCGGAGGGUCAUGUUGAAGUUGUUAAAUUUUUGCUGGAAGCCUGCAAAGUAAAUCCUUUCCCCAAGGACAGGUGGAACAACACUCCCAUGGAUGAGGCGCUGCACUUCGGACACCACGACGUAUUUAAAAUCCUCCAGGAAUACCAGGGCCAGUACACACCUCAAGGAGACUCCGACGACGGAAAGGAAAAUCAAACCGUCCAUAAGAAUCUUGAUGGACUCCUGUAACAAUUUUAAACCUGAGAUUUAAAUCACUUACCUAUUUAAUUGUGGAAAAUGAUCAUGAAGAACAUGUGUAUUUCUAUCUGGUAGUGAUGUAUAUUUUACAGCAUUUAUCAUUUCAGUGUUACUGGAAUUUUCUUUGUUGUACGCACAGGACAAAUCUGAUCUCUUUGGGGAAAAAUAGAAAUAAAACAAUCUCCCUCCAUAAUGUGAGCAAUGUUUACCUCGUGCAUUGUGCAAUUUGAUGUAAAAGAAAUAGCUAUCAAUGCUAGCUUUUCCGUGAGGUCUUCAUGAUUUGUUUUUGUGAUUUGUGAAUUUUCUGUUUCCGGUGGUGAUCUGCUGAUAUGCAUCUAUAAAUUAAGCUCUGUUUUAACAGCCUGUCCAAACGGGUCGAGGCUGCCUUUAGAAGCAAAAUAGUGUGAUUUUCAGGACUUCAAGUAUAGAUUUAGUUUGAGUGUUUGAACAACUGUAUGCACUUAUGGUUGUGUAUUUAAAAUGUCUCCCAUCACCCCAGCUUCAUGAUGUGACUUUAAAAAUUAUAAUAGUUAACAACUGUUUGUAGCAUAGACCAAUUCUGAUUAGACUUUAUCAGGGAAUAUGUUUAAGAUACGUUUGGUGACCAAAACAUAUGUUUGAAUGUAGUUAUAAUACUUUUGAAAAAAAUUUCCUUUUUCUAUGUCCCCUUUGACCGGCCUCUCUUCCCAGACACUUAGUUAUUUGCCUCUUCCCUUUAGCUGGGAAAGAGGGUGCUGGCAUACUAUGCAGUUUUCAUGUUUUCCACAGUAAGUCAGAAAAUUCCUUAUAGAUUUGGCAUCCAAGCUAUAACUAGGCCAUCUGUCUCUAGGAGAUGAACCAGAGACAAAUUAAGUACAAAUUAGUCAAAUUUACCAGCCUAAAGAAGGGAUGUGCUACUGCAGCUCUUUAAGACAAUAUAUUUCAGCUUCCAGGAUAAAUUCAAAAGUGCUCUAAGUUACCAAAGUUAUCACGACGGUAUUGGAACUGCUUUAAAUAACGUUUGUUUUUAAACCUGUCAUUAAAAGUCUGCAUCAAGAUGUUUGUUCUAUUUGGGGGACCACUAGAUCACUCAUUUUCGCCUGAUUCUCUAGUGUGUAAUUUUGGUAGCCUAUAUCAUUUAAGAAUAAGAAAAGGCCAGUUCACUUUAAAUUGAGACCCAGCAUUUGUUUUGGGGAGGAAUUGCAAAUAUGCUUCAUCAUACCUCUGAGGUAAAGGAGUAUGCUAGUGAGAAUACCUGGUAUUAAGCGAGCCUGCACACACACACACAAAUGGACUUCUUUGAAGCUGUGUGUAGUGAAAUGAGCAGAAACCUCAACCACAUGAAUGCUAGUUGUUACAUUAAUAUAGCAAAUUCCUUUUUUUUCCUGUCGGCACACACUGCCACUUCCAAGCUUUACUGUGCCUAAUGGCCCAUUUCCCACUCUAGCAGCCUCCAAGUGUUUUGAUUUUUGCUUCCAGUCCGAGCAGCUCCAGCCCUCACCCUCCUGUUCCCUACACAGCAGCUCCUUUAGUGGGACAGUGGCCAGUGGCCCUUAACUGAGCUGCAUCAGGGCGAGGCCUGUCCCGGGCGCUUCUGUGGAAAUGAGGUGGGUGAGUAUCCAGCCCAGUUCGAUUGGGUGGCUUAAAGAUUACCAAUGAUUUUGAGGCUUUUCUUUAAUAAAAAGAGGUUCCAACUAUUAUUUCAGCACAAAGAUAGUUUUCAUCUUUUCUCCGAUUAAGACUACUUGGUAAAAUCUUUGUGGUUUAGUUGAAUGUGCCCUUACUUAUCCACGAGGUUUUUUACACCUGUACACUGGUUCCUGCUCUGGCCGUUGGCUGCUAGCUGACAGUAAUGAGUACAUUUGGUUUAAAUGCCUUUUGACUGUGCUGUUAACUGCUGCCAUCUGUAUACUCCAAAGAUCUUUUUGUUUUGGCUUUAGGAUUAUGUGCUUUUUUCUGUACAGGAGAGCUCUGUAUGGUCAUGUUUAUUUCAAGUUUUGUACACAUUACUGUUUUUGCUGCUCUCAGUUCUAUGCCCUCACCUUUGGGUGUGAUGUGCUGGACCCACGCUGCCCACUGCCCUUUAACUGCACAGCUGAGCUGUCAACCGUGUGACGCUAUUGUCUGUCUGGCAGGGACUGAGUGACCUGAUGUGGGAUUUAGAUUUUUUUGGAGGACUGUACAGCUAUGAAUGUAUUUGCCACCAGAACCUCCCAAAGUGAACCUAAUCUUAAAACUCUAAGUUGUAAGUAUUCUGAAGUUGGAAAUAUUUAAAUGAAAUCAGGUAGUGUUGCUUUUUACAGCAUAAUACACGUAUCAAAAAACCCCAAAAACCCCCAAAACCGUGAAAAUGAAAUUUUUAAAAAACAGCUAAAGUUUUCUCUUACAUCCCUGGUUUGGGAAUACCACUGAGCAUAGGGACUGUGUUUAGCUGGUUCAGAUCCAUUUCUAGUGCCUGCUGUGAGCCAGGCACUAUGCCAGGUGCCAGGCGGGGCUACCAUCAUGGCUAAGGAGACAAUCCUGUGGACUGAACCCCUGAAGGUGAGAAGGUGGGCAGGCACGUGUUCCCAUAGAGGCUAACACUAUCCUUUUACAGUUAGGAAGUGCUCAGUAAAUAUUUGCUGAACUGAAAACAUGAAACAUGUCCUUCGCUAGGAGGAGUUACAAAAUCUUUAAAGAGAAGAGAGGUCAUUGUCACAAAGCCCUGACCUCUGUUUAGGGAGCUGAGCCUGCUGCUGCCACACGAGGGUCUGAGUAGGACCAGCUGGCAAAGCUCAUGGGUGUGUGGAGUGCCAUUUGCUCCCAGUGCAGAAACCCCUGGUCCCCAAGUUCAGGGUCAGGGUAUGGUUUUUUAACCACAGAGAAGGUGCAUGAACACCAUGGCUGUCCAGUUUCAACUAUCAAAAUUGUUGGUCCCAAAGUAAUUUGCUCUUCUAUGGCAAACAGUGCUAAUCUCUGCGUUGCUGACAUUUUAGAACUGAAAGAGACAUCAGAAACUUUGAAUUUAAUCCCACUCUUUCACAGAGGAAGCUGAGACCCAAGAGUGGGCUAUAACAUGAACUUAGUCCCAUGUUCUUUCCUUACAUCCUACCACACAGUGUGCACUAUGGAUAGAAUAGCCGGCUCCUUGCAUAUUUCUUAAAAUCUUGCCUCUGUGGAGUUUUAAGGAGAAGCAUAAAUGCUACAAUGGUCAUGUCUUGCAACAUGUCUUACAUGUCUUGCAACUUGGUCAACUUGAGCUAUGCACAUGCUCAGAUAGAAGACUGACAACAGUGCAGGGAAACGUGGAUGAAAAACCCAAGUAGUGAAAAGUUAUAUUAUACUUGUUCGUGAUAUAACAAGAUCAUUUUAUUUUGGGGGGAUUUUUCUUGGGGGGGCUGGGGUAAUCUUCCUAAUUUCACUUGCUAACCCUCAUAGUAAAAUGAGUGAAUCUGUAAAUCAUAAAACAGGUGGUAGAGGGAAGUAGCCCAUGAAUGUGUUAGGUGGUAUUUAAAACAAAGGCUUUGGGGGGGAAGGUGUAUGUAUAGUUAUAUAUGGAAAGGAUGUGAUUUACUAGAAGGCUAGGGGAGGUAUGUUUUUUGGAUGAGAAGGAUUAGAAAAUUAAGUUAUUAAAAAGGGGCAGACUGGGUGUUUCUAUUCUGGAGCCUAAACCUGACUUCAGGACUCUGUGUGCCCCAGGUUCGCCCCUUGUGGCCUCCGAAUAGUCAAUGAAGAGUCUACUAGGAAGUGAGUGCAACAAGCAGUCAUAAUAGCAAAAGAUGAUCGAGGCUGCUUCGUUCCUGUACAAGAAAUGGGCAGAGGCUGUAAAGACACCCACACCAGGGUAUUAGUGCUAUAACCGCAGUAAGAAAUGCAGAAUUCACAUAGUUUGAUAAUAGGUAUUUGACAGCGCUCUGUCAAAGGUACCUUUUAGGUACCUUUAUAUUCUUUGUAUACCCAAUAUAAACUUAAUAAAUGUUUAAAACUG